UUCAGUUUACUUUUCAUAUUUGUUUUAUUUUAAGUUACUGCCAUUCCACGGUGCUUUGGAGACCACGCUCAGGCAGGUGUUGUAAAGGCUAAAGGGUGGUCAAAGUUUCGGGUCCUGCCUGCCCAUUUGUUCAGAUUCCAGUUCUGACUUGCGUAUCCCGAAACCUGGUUAACUUUCGUUUAUCGCGAACAUUGCAAACGUGUGACGGCAACUUUAGUUUCGACUUCCGGAGUUGGCCUCCGUGGAGACCACAGCUGUAAGAUCUGCAGUUCCUUCUUGAACACAGCUGUAAGAUCUUUGGUCUCCGUCACCCGGCGCCGAAUUCAUUGGUUCAUUCUCGUUACGAAAGCGACCCGCAAGGGUAUUUAAGAACGUAGGUAUACAAAAAUGCUGGAGAAACUCAGCGGGUGCAGCAGCAUCUAUGGAGCGAAGGAAAUAGAUUAACUGCAAUAUGACAACGAACUCCGUAAGAAAGAAAGUAAAGCAUCACCGAACGGGAAAACCCUAUUCAUCCGGAGGAAUUAAGGAAGAAUUCCAGGAGGUAAAGGAAAUUACAUAUUUGGCACAGGCAAAUCAUCUUCCCAUGGAGCAAUUUUUACCAGCGGAAGUAGCCAAUGGUCCUCCCGACAUUCCGGUCCAUAAUGGAGACUUUACAAGCCCCACAAAGACUGGCUUGCAGAAGGAUGUCUGGAUGGCUGCAUUUGGCGUGCCAUCAGCACAAGCACAGAAAGAACAAAGAAUUAUUUCAGUGAAGGCAAUGGAUACCCCAUUGUCCAUUCAUUUUGAGGAGGAGGUACGACCAUGCAUUGAUCUCAUUGAUUCUCUGAGAGGAAUUGGUGUGGAUAAGGAUCUCGGACUUCCAGCCAUUGCAGUGAUUGGUGACCAGAGCUCUGGGAAGAGCUCAGUGUUGGAGGCGCUCUCAGGAGUGGCUUUUCCCAGAGGGAGUGGAAUUGUAACAAGAUGCCCACUUGAAUUGAAGUUAAAAAAUGUCAAAAAAGCAAAUGUUUGGAAGGGGAAAAUCAGAUACAAGGAUUAUAAGAAAACACUCAGUAGUGCAGCUGAGGUGGAAGAAGAAAUUCGCAACGCCCAGGACAGUAUUGCAGGGACGGGAGUGGGAAUCAGCCACGAACUAAUCAGCCUCGAAAUUGAAUCCACCAAUGUCCCUGACCUGACUCUGAUAGACCUGCCAGGUAUCGCCCGAGUCGCCGUUGGUAACCAGCCCCAAGAUAUCGGAGACCAGAUUAAGAGACUCAUUAAAUUGUUUAUUAAGAAACAAGAGACAAUUAAUCUUGUCGUCGUGCCUUGUAACGUUGACAUAGCAACCACAGAAGCACUGAAAAUGGCCCAGGAAGUGGACCCUUCUGGAGGCAGAACUUUGGGUAUUUUGACCAAACCUGACCUGGUGGACAAAGGAACAGAGAAGAACGUAGUUGACAUUGUGAAGAACCUGACAGUAGAGCUGGCGAAGGGAUACAUGAUCGUUAAGUGUCGUGGCCAGAACGACAUCAAUGAAAAUAUAUCACUGGUGGAUGCAAUCGCCAAGGAAAAAGCAUUUUUUGAAGAUCACGACCAAUUUUGGUAAAUGGUGAUGACUUGUUUUCCAUUAAGUGAAGUGCAGAUGGCAGAUCCACCAGAAUUGGCAGACUCUCAAAAUAGUGACCCUGUUGAUGACUUAAUCUGUCUUUUCAAGAAAUCAUUGCCUCACUUGCGAAAUGAAAUAGAAAAAAAGCUGAACCAGUCGUUGCAAACCCUCAAGAAGUACAGCCACGCAGUUCCCACUUCUUACUCCGAGCAAAUAACAUUCUUAAUCGAGAAAAUCAACAGCUUCUGCAACCACAUAAAAAAUCUGACCAUGGGAGAGGAACCUCAGAACCAGAUAGAUGGCGAGAGGUACAUCACCAUAGUACGAAAUGAGUUUGAUGAAUGGAACACAUUCCUGAACAAGCGUGUAUCAAAAUUCCAAACUCACUUGGAAAAUGUAGUUCACAAAUAUGAAAACUCAUACCGUGGAAGAGAGCUGCCUGGGUUUGUCAACUACAAUACCUUUGAAUCCUUCAUUAAGGAAGAGGUCUCUACACUGGAAGAUCCAGCGAUUACGAAACUGAAGACAAUCACAGAAAUCACAAGGGAUAUUUUUACGGUCAUUGCCGAGCAACAUUUCAGUGCCUUUGGUAACCUGUUCAAAGCUGCCAAGGUCAAAAUCGCAAUUAUGAGCAAGAAGCAAGAAACGGAAGCAGAAAAGCUGCUGCAGGCCCAGAUUAAGGUUGAGUGUGUGGUGUAUUCUCAAGACAGUCUCUACAGUGACAGUCUUUCUAAAGCAAAAAUCAAUUUGGUACAUCCUUUCGCAAAUGGCAGCAUCCAAGAAAUGUCAUAUCAUCUCCAAGCAUAUUACAAGAUUGUCUCUCAUCGUCUGGGUGACCAGAUCCCCAUGGUCAUACGCUGUUACAUUUUAAAUGAAUUUGCUGACAAACUACGGAUAGAGAUGCUUCAACUCAUUCAAGACAAGGAUCGCAUCAGUGUUUAUCUAAUGGAAGAUGCAGAAACACAGAUGACGAGAGAAAACGUCAAAUGCAAAAUAGACCGAUUGAGACAAGCCCAGAAGAAAUUGCUUGAAUUUGGUUAAAUGAACAUUGAACGAAGGUCACUGAAUACUUUAAAGAUGAUUUAUAAUUUGUUUGCUAAUUUUUAUAUUUCUUGCUUCCGCUCUUGAAGGGAUUGAAUCCUUACUACUGUUUCGUCUUGGAUUUCACAAUCAUUCUUUGGUACCCGCGGCCUUUAUUCCUGUCUAAUUGCAGAAUAACAACCUAUCCAUGGACAGGUACAUGGAUAGGAUAGACUUAGAAGAAUAUGGGCCAAACACAGGCAGGUGGAACUGGUGCAGAUGGGACUUGCGGGUCAGCAUGGGCAAGUUGAGCCCGUUUCCACAUUCUUUGACUAUAUAUUUGCGUUAGAGGAACUUAGGGUCCUCCUCACCUAAUUUCCAUAUUUGUGAUCUUACUCCUGGCUAAUGUCCUCUUUUCAAUCUAGGGACAUAUUUGCUCCCAUCCCAUCCUGACUGAGAUUGGCUAACUCUGGAAAACAUGGAUUGAUUUUAAAUUGAAGGAAGACACAAAAUGCUGGAGUAACUCAGCGGGACAGGCAGCAUCUCUGGAGUGAAGGAACGGGUGAUGAGACCCUUCACCUGAGUGACUGUGUUACUCCAGCAUUUUCUGUCUUAUCUUUGGUGUAAACCAGCAUUUGCAAUUCCUUCCUACACAUAUUGAUCUUAAAUUGUCUGUAUAUUGAGCAGCUCGGUAUAAACUUGUUGAGGCUGUCAAGGAACCUUUAAUUGUUUUUUGAUGCGUCUUAUGUGGAAUCUCAUUGCUUAAUGGACACACAAGAGAUUGAUUUUGCACAAAGCUCCUGGCCCGAAAUGUCUUCUGCCCUUUUCCACAGAUGCUGCCUGACCCGCUGAGUUCCUCCUGCACUUUGUUUUUACACUUUGCUAAUGUUCCCCGGCAAUUACAUUCUGCAUAAUGUUUUGGAUGUGAGAUUGGAAUUUAAAGUGUGAAAAAAUUAAUCACAUUUUAAAACACAUUCGGAUUUGACUUGGAAGCAAAUAGAUAAUUAUCAGGUAUAGCAUUCACAAGGAAAAGGAGUGGAAUUUAGUGUUUGAUAUGUUUUACUUGUUACAUUUGUAGUUUUUUCUCUGGUGUUGGUUGUUCACAUUGCUGAGAGAACAUUUGUUUAAAAUGUUAUUCAACGUAGCACAUAAGGCAUUGUAGUCUUGCUAAGCUAUUUCUAAUAUACAUUGGUUCAGUCGUAGGAUAAUUGGUAAUAAACCCAUUAGUUCUGCAUCAGAAAGAAGCAAACAUAUUGCUAUUAUGAUUUAUUUUGUUUUAAAUCCUGCAUGGGGGGGGGGGGGGAGGGGGAAUGCCUUUAACCAUGUAGAUCUGCUCCACUUGUAUGUUAACCAAUACUA